AGAAUGCUCCAAACAGAUGUGCAGUCCCUGAAGACUCCUCUCUCCAAACCACACAUCAUCAGUGCCAUGAAACCAUCCGCGACCCACAGCUGACUUCAUGCACUUGUCCUUUGUACGCUUGCAAAUGGGAAGGUCAUUUGGAGGUUGUUAUUGCUCAUUUAACACACGCACAUACAAUUAACAUACUGCAUGGAACAGAAAUUGUCUUUCUGGCUACUGACAUGCACCUUCCAGCUCCGGUAGACUGGAUCAUUGCACAUUCAUGUUUGGGCACCACUUUUUACUUGUACUCAGAAAGCAAGAAAAAUAUCAAGGACACCCACAGUUCUUUGCCACAAUGAUGUUGAUCGGUACACCAGCACAGGCUGAGAAUUUCAACUAUAAACUGGAGCUAAACAGGAACCGUAGAAAACUGACAUGGGAAUCCAGCCCUCGGUCAGUCUUAGACUGUGUUGACUCUGUAAUUACUGAUGGGGAUUGCCUUAUGCUCAAUGCCUCAAUGGCUCAGCUCUUUGCUGAUAAUGGAAGUCUGGCUAUCGGAAUAGCAAUAUCUGCAAGUAAACUUUGUGCUGCUCAACCUGAAAUGUAA